UAUUGACACAUAUCGAUGUAUCGUUUAACUGAAGAAUGAUAUGGCAGCUCUUUCGUUGAGGUUAGAUUUUGACUAUGGCUGUGGACUGUGUUUCGCCUGCCCUUGCAAUUCGCUCUAGCGUGGGAAUAGAACUAUGGGCUUCGUCUGGCUCCAAACAGCCUUACGAGCACAAGUCGAAUUUACCACGAGAGGAGACGAAAAAUUCUCGAUCAAUUUCAUUCAGCCCUGAUGGUAGCUACUUUGCUUACUCAAAUGGACAAGAGGUUAAAGUCUUGCAAACCAAUAACUGGCAAUUACAAUGCACGUUGCCACGUCCCAAGGCUUUCUAUUUGAAAUUCUCACCGCGUGGCAAUUACUUAUGUACAUGGGAGCUGUAUGUUAUCACUAAGGACAUUCCAGAAGGAUCUCCCAAUAUGUUCGUAUAUGAAAUUGCCACCGGUAAACAGGUAUUCAGCAUUGUGCAGAAGAAACAAACCGAUUGGGAGCCCUCAUGGUCGUCUGACGAAAGCAUUUUCGCUAUCGUUGUGGGUGGCGAAUCACUAUUCUAUGAUUUGUCACAGGGUAUUGAAGGUUUCACUGCAACCACUAAGAAGAUCGGUGGGAGCCGUGGUGGUAUACUUUCAGUGGGACCUGGCAGUAGUCCACCCUUUAUUGCCAUCUAUACGCCUGGGGCCAAAGAUGCACCUUCCAUGUGCAAACUAUACAAAUACCCGGCCUUGGGACAGACUCAAACACUGGCCUGUAAGAGUUUCUUUAAUGCUGACCGUGUUGAAAUGAUGUGGAAUAAGAGGGGAACUGGACUGCUGUUGCUGACCAGUACAGAAGUGGAUAAAACAGGAGCUUCGUAUUAUGGAAAUCAAGCAUUGCAUUUUUUGAAUACGAAGGGCGAUUCAUGUUCGGUGCCAUUGUCUAAAGAAGGUCCCGUUCACUGUGUCAAAUGGAGUCCAAAAGCUACAGAAUUUGUUGUCGUCUACGGCUAUAUGCCUUCUAAGGCGGCGUUGUAUAAUUUGAAGUGUGACGUCAUAUUCGAUUUUAAGGAGGGACCUCGUAAUUGUGCAUACUUCAACCCAUUUGGAAAUCUAGUCGUUUUAGCUGGUUUUGGUAACUUGCCGGGAAAUGUCGAAAUUUGGGAUGUGAAGAUGAAGGAGAUGAUAGCCAAUAUAAAAUGCCCCGAUACCACUCAUUUUGAAUGGAGUCCCAAUGGUGAAUACUUUGUAACGGCCACUACGGCUCCCCGAUUGCGUAUUGGAAACGGCUUUAAAGUUUAUCAUUAUUCUGGGGCUUUAAUGCAUGAGACAAUUUGGCCGCAAGGUCAAGAACUUCUAGCCGUGGAGUGGCAGCAAUUUGCUGAAAAUACAUUCGGUGAACCGACGAUAACUAAAGCUAAGCAGGAAGGCAUCAAGUCAAGCCAACCUGAAGCAAGUAAAAACGUUUACACCCCGCCACACUUGCGUGGUGGAAAUAAGGGGAACAACAAAAUGUUGAUUCAGCCGCAAAAUACCAUACCAGGUCUACCGCCAGGCUAUACUUCCUCGCAUGCCAACAAUAAGAAACAAGGAGCUCAAAAACACACCACAACCCAACAAAAUAAUCAACAACAACAAGUGCAGCAACAACAACAGCUACAAAAUGCAUCAAGCAAAAGGCAGCAACGAAACUUUGAGAGGGCUAGGGCUCGAAGAGAGUCCAAAGGUGAAUGUGGUGUUAACACAAAUAGCAACUCUUCUCCAAAUGUCAACAAAAACAGCAGCGGCAACAAUACCCCACCUAAUGGUGAGGCGACUGUAGAAGUACUUCAGGCAGGCGGCCAGGAGGAAAAUAGUCAACAGCUUCAACAAGCACGUCCGCAAAACAAACGCAAUCCCAAUAACCGACGCCAGCAGCCACAACAGCAGCAAUAUCAAAAAAAGCAACAGCAUCAAAACCAUCAAUAUGGCAACAACAAUGAUGCUGAAAAGAUUCUAGAAAAUAAUGCACAGGAAGGUCAGCAAACCCAACAACAACAACAACAAAAUAAAUCAUUUAACCAACAGCAACAAGGCGAUGUUCCUCAACAGCAGCAGCAGCCUUCCAAAAAGGCAGCCAAUCCUGAAAAAGACAAAAAAAUUCGUAAUGUCGCUAAAAAGCUAUCCGACAUAAAAAAGCUCAAGUUGCGCCAAGAACAGGGCGAAGCUUUGGAACUAAAUCAACUUAACAAAAUCUCUAUGGAGGCCAAGUUUUUGGAAGAACUCAAAGCAUUAAAAUUGUCUGACUAAUCAAAAAAAUCAACAAUAUACUUAUUUCAAAAGCUUGGUGUGUAAUGAAACCGCCUUCUUUCCAGUUUGUACUUUCUGCUCAUUGGAGUAUGUUUGUUUCUCAUUCUGCGCUUACGCCCAAAAUAUCUCUUUGUUUUACUGUUGUUUUGAUUUUGCUACAACCUCUUUUUUACACAAGCGAUUAUAUAAACUAAAAAAGCAUUUUCGAUUUUCUUUUAAAGUGGGGUUUAUUAUUCAACCUGUUGUGAUCUAACCUCUUUCUGUUUGUAUAAUUUGCCUCUUGUUAGGAAAAUGAGCUAUUUUACUUCUCCUAUACAUAAAUAACGAACUCGCUUGCUCUUUUUUUAUAUUGAAUGUAUUUUUCUUUAUUAUACAAACAAACAACAAAUUCCAAACUAUUUUUAAUUUAA